AUGAUGCCGAGAAGCGAAAACCAGAAGGAAGAAGAAGAAUGGGAACUGCAUCCAUUAUUUUUAUCGAAAAUUCCAAACAAAAAGGACAUUGAUAAGAACCCAGCUCUCUCAGCGUUGAUAACAUUGAUCAAUGAAGAAGAAGAAAAGGAAGUGUUUAGUUAUGAACCGAGAAGAAAAAAUCUAAAAAAAAAAAUCACAGAAAAAGGCCAAAUUAUCUACAAAAAAGAUAGGCGCAAUUUAUACGAACCCUAUCAGCAAAACAAAAAUGAUAAGAUAAAUUAUUUUGAAAAAAAAAACUUCGGUGGAAAUGCGGACAUUAGUAAGGAGGAAGAGGUGUUGGACGUGGAAAUGGACGAGGAAGGUACCACUGUGACUACUGCUGAACAGGGAGGGGACCAUUCCAGCCAAAAUGUGAGUAACAACCAGGAGGCCACAGACCAAACAUCCAUAGGCGAAGUGUUGGUUUGCUUGUCGAUGAUGAACUUGAAGCAAUAG